AAACGGCGCGGUCACACCGGCUAACUCGCACCAUAUGCAUGCAGCACAUUCAUCAGAAAAGUUGACAGUCCUGCAAACUCGCUACUCGAGGGUUAUCAAUUGUAAAUCAGAUUUUUAAGUUACUGUCUGUUUACCAACACUCUUUAGCAAGAUGCCGCCGAAGAAGAAGAAGCAGCAACAUAAUGGAUUUUCAUUGUUCAUGCUAGAAAAACAGGAAGAAAUGCGUCUGAAAGGACGCAAAGUCUCAAUGCAGGACAUGGUCCCGAUUGCGCAUCCAGAGUGGAAAAGCUUACCUGCUGAAGUCCAGAAAGGGUAUACAGCUAGAGCAAAAGAGAAGAAAUUUGGCCAAGGAACCUCAGGUUAUGAAGGGAAGUUAGAUUGUACAGGACAGCUCGUUACAAAUCGUUUUUCAGUGGUUGAAUACUUGGAGAAGAGAAGACGAACAGAGUCUGCUGCCCUCAAAGAUUCCUGGUCUACGGGUCAAGACAUCACCCAUCAUAGAUUCUACAUGAUAGCCGUCAAGACGUUAUGUCAGCUUCCUGAUGACACGUACCUACCAUGUGAGUUAGCUUGUGUGGAGUACACCAUGAGUGCAGGUAUCACCAAACGGUUCCACUGCUUCCCGGCUCCAGGCAAGCUGCCCCUAGGAUGUAGAUACUUGUGUAAAAGGCAAGGUGAAGAUGUGCACAAGAUACCUGCAGAAUGGUUUGAUCAGUACAAUCAUAACUAUAAAGAGAUCUGGACUGACCUGAUCGCGUUCAUAAACCCUCAGAGACAGCACGUCAUGCCAGCAUUAUUCUGUGAGCUGCGAUGCAGGGAGGAGGUUGAAUACACCCUGGAGUGGCUGGCCAGGAAUGCCGGUAUGUCACACAGCCUGAGGAAGGUGUAUGAGACAGAGCUCUUGAUCCUGGAACUCUUCAGGAAUGCAGGAGAGAUUGUUCCGUCUAGGGGCCAGGUCUCAUCUCUACUGGCUUCAUCUGCUUGGGAUUACAUCUGGGAUACAAGGUGUGCAUAUCAUGAAGAAACUGAAGUAACUCUUGAAAACUGUGCCUUAGGGACUUGCAAUAAAUACUGCUACUGCCUGAGUGAUGCCGUCUGCGCACGGUACAACGUAGAGCUGACACCCAACCAUAUACCUGAAGCAGAGACUCCCGACGCAAUCGUCUAUCCCGCCCAGCAGAGAGAGAUCAGACCACAGGGUCAACGUACACCACCUAGGGGUAACUCCAGGGGGCAGAGCUAUACACCACCCAGGAUGAAAGAUAAUGAUGAGGAUGAGAGACGAGAUGUCAACACUGCUAGAGAGGCUCAGCGUUAUGGCGUCAUAUGAAGACAAACCGUUGCGUCAGCCAUCAACUAUAGGUAUAGCUCACGUAGUGUCACAACCCAAGCCUAACAUUCCUGAGCCUAUGAAUAACGAUGACAUGGAAGGUGCUGCAGGUAAG